UUCUUCACCAUUACUAGAGCAAUAUGCCUCCAUCAUCAGACCACAACUUUUUACAGAACUAAUUCAAUACAGUAAUAACACAAAAGAUCACAAUUCAGACUUUUUAAAAUCAGGUAGCAAGCAGCCAUGGCAGAAUCCAGAGAUUACGUUGGAGACUUUCUGACAGAAUUCAAGGAGCAGAUAAUUUCGAGAGCGACUCGGGUCAGUGACAUUGCUGAGGCUGUUAUCUCCCAAAGUCUGAUCCAUGAAGCAGCAGCUCAACAAGUGCAGGCUGCUCCAACCCAGCAGGAGGCAAUGCGGCUCCUGUUUGAGGCUUUGGAAAGAGAGCCACCUCUAAACAGUGUGUCCUUCCAUCUCAUCCUGAGAAUGACAGAGCCUGAACUGAUUCAAGAACUAGAGUGGAGACAACGCAACAGCAAGCAUACGCAAACAAAGAGAAUCAGUCCACCCAGUUCUCCCAGAGAAAAAAGAAGACAGGAUGACAAAAAUGGACAUUCAAGUGACAUCCAGAAAAGAAAAGACUCUCUAAAAAGGCGUAGACUGGAAACAAUGCGUGCCAUUGAGCAGAUCGAGAAACUUUGGGAAGGAACUAAGCAAGAGAGGACUGAGAUAGACAACAUGAGACAGAGGAUUCAGCGACAGCAAGAUGAGAUAGUCAGGAUGACCACAGAGAAAAGACAACUUGAGAGAACUAUUACUCACAUGAAAGCCGAGAUGGACCACAUCCGCGAAAGAAUGGAUCGUAAUAAAGAAGAGGUAAAUAGAGAGAGGGAGAGGAUUGAGCAAAUGAGAUCUGAUCUCCAAACUGAGCAAACCACCCAAGAGCAAAAGCGUGAUGAAAUCAUCAGAGAGAGACAGAACUUGGAGAUGAUCAGAUAUGAGACUCUGAGACAGGAGGAGGAGCUGGAGAGCAACCGUGAAAGCACAAAGUACGAGAUGGAACGAAUGGAACAAAUGAAAAGUGCCAUACAAGUUCAGAUCAAUGAGAUAGAGAUGAAGAUUGAGGAAACACAGAAAGCAAUGUGUCAGAUGGAGCAGAUGAAAGCUGAAAUAGAGGAGGAGAAAAGCGAGUUGGAGAGAAAGAAGUAUGACAUCAAGAGGCAAAGAGACCAGUUUGAGCAGAUUAAAGUUGACAUACAGCAAGUAAAGAUGGAAAUGGAGCAAAGGUGGCAUGAAACAGAGAAAGAAGGGCUGGAACAGAGAGCUAUAAUCCAAAGAGAGAAAGAUGAGCUGAAAUACCUGCAAGACGAGAUUCAAAGAGCAAGAGAAGAGGUUGAAAGAAACAGAGUGUUUUCAAAUCAAGAGAAUGAGAGAAUAAACCAGCUGAGAGCUCAAGCGCUUACAGAAAGCAACCUCAUUCAAAAGAAAUGGCAAGAUAUCUUAAUAAAAGAAAAGGAUCUGGAAGAGAUGAAAUAUGAAAUUGAGAGAGGUCGAGAGGAGUUGGCAAUGAAUGGAGAGCUGGUCAAAAAGGAAUGGGAAAAGAUCGGACAGGCCAAAGUGGACAUACAAAAUCACAUGAUAUCUAUGGAUGCCAGAGUUGAGGAAAUAAAAAGAGAAACUGAUAGGGUGAAACAUAUGAAAAUAGAGAUGCAGAAGGACAAAGAUAUUCUAGAAAAACAGAAGGAUGAUAUACGAAAAGCUAAAGAAGAAAUGGAGAAGAAGAGGUAUGAGACAGUGACAGAGGAGCUAGAGCACAGAGCUCGAAUGCAGAGGGAGAGAGACGAGCUGGAGAGUUUAAGAGUCGAGAUACAAAGGGCUAACGAUAUGGAGAAAACAAAGCUGCUGAAGGAGAAGGAAGAAAGUUUUAAGAUAAGAGAAGAAGCCAGACAAGAAAGAGAAAUGACAGAACUAAUCAAAGCAGAGAUCAAGGCUGAAAAAGACAGCUUGAACCGAAGACAAGAGGAGAUGCUGAGGGAGAGACAAGAGUUAGAAAGAAUUAAACGUGAGACGGACAGAGCCAAAGAGGAUAUUGAGAACAGCCAAGAAGUCACAAUCCGGGAAAAUGAGAAAAUGGAAAAAAUGAAGACUGAAAUUCAAGGACAAAUUGAAGAUACUGAGAAGAAAAUUGAGGAGAUCCAAAAAACAAAAGAACAAAUGGAGGAGACAAAGGCUGAGUUGGAGGAAGAGCGGGAGGAGCUGGAAAGAAAGAGAGAAUUGGUGAGAAGAGAGACCGAACAGUGUGAGUUCCUCAGAAGUGAAAUCCUCAGGGUGAAGGAGGAAAUGGAGAGCAGGUGGCAUGAAACAGAGAAAGAGGAAGUCGAACUCAGAGCGAAAACUCAGCAUGAGCUGGAAAGACUGGACAAAUUAAGUGACGAGGUCCAAAGAUCUCAGAAAAACAUUGUGGAGAGCAGGAUGGAGCUCAUGCAGUGGAAGGACAGUCUUGAAAAACUGAAGCUUCAAGUAGAAGACGACAAACUUGCCGCUAUCAAACAGACGGAUGAGGCUAAAGCAAAGAGAGAGGAGUUGACAAAAAUGAUAGAACAGAUGGAGAAAGAGCGAGGAGAGAUUAAUAACAGCAGAGAAAAGGCUAAAGAAGAAGCAGUUGAAAUCAAAAGCAUGAGAAAUGAGCUACAAAGACAAAAGGCAGAAAUAGAGAACAGGAUUAGAGUUGCAAAACAAGAAAAAGAGGAGGCAAACCAUGCCAAACUUGCAGUCCAAGAGGCUAAGAUGCUCUUAAAAAAGCAAAUGGAAGAGUCAGAAAAGAGACGGUAUGAAACCAUAACAGAGGCGUUGGAGCAAAGAGAUGAAAUACACAAAAAAACAGAGGAGUUAGAACAAAUAAAUGAAGAGAUACAAACAACCAGACAUGAGCUAGAAAAGUUGAGGCAUUCUGAAAAAGAGAACCUGCAGAAAAUGCUGGAGGAUACACAGCAAGAGAAAGAGUUUGUUGAGCAAAUGAAAAUAGCUGUGCUGAAGGACAAGGAAGAUCAGGAAAAGCGUUUAGCUGAGAUGGACAAGGAGAGAGAGGAGCUAAAACAGAUUAGAGUUCAGGUCCAGAACGAGAAGAAAGAUCUAGAAAAACGAAGGUAUGAAAUGAUGAGAUAUGAUGUAGAACAGAGUGCUCAAGUGCAGAGACAAAGAGAAGAACUUGAGAAGAUCAAGACUCAGCUAUUUCUGGACACAGAGAACAUGGACAGAAGCAGAGAGUUAGCGCAACAAGAUAGAGAGAAAGCUGAACGUCUUAUGAUUGAGAUCCAGGAACAAAGAGAGGAAGUGAAUAAAAGGUUAGAGGAGACAAAACGACGAGAGGACACUUUGAGGAAGAUGAGAGAGGACAUGGAGCAUGAGAGAGAAGAUCUGGAGAAGAUCCGUGUGGAAACGCGGAGAGGGAAAGACACGUAUGAAGAGGUCAAGGAUGAGAUUAACAGGGUGAGAGCGGAGAUAGAGAGGUUGUGGGAUGAGGCUGAAAAGGGAGAGCAUGAGGAACGUGAGAAGAUGAACAGGGAGAAGGGGGAGAUGAUGAGGAAGAUGGAAGCUAUGAAGGAGGAGAUGGGUGAGAUUGAAGAAAUGAAGAUGGAGUUAACAAAACAGAAGAAGGACAUCGACGUAAAGAUGGAAAAGGCAAGGCUGGAAAUGACUAAUCUUGAAAAGAUGAGAGCAGACCUCCAAAAACAGAAAGAAGACAUUGAAAUCCAGAUGAUGGAAGCAAAGAGUGAGAGCUACCAGAUGGAACUGAUGAGGACUGAGAUCUUAAAACAAAAAGAGGAUGUUGAAAGGAAAAUGGAGCUAGCAAAAGCAGAGAUGGACAAAAUGCAACUUGUCAAAGAGGAAAUACAAAGACAAAGAGAAGAGCUGGAGGAAAGGAUGCAGAAAACCAAACGCGAGAUUGGAGAAAUGGAGCUGAUGAAGAGAGAAAUGGAAGGGAAGAAGAAAGAAAUUGACCAAAGGAUGAAAUUGACCAUGAGGAAGAAGGAUGAGAUGGAACGACUGAGGAUGGAGAUACAAAAGGCAAAAGACGAGAUGGAACAGAAAAGAGCGGAGACGGAGAGGCAGAAAUAUGAAAUGGAGCAAGUUAAAGCUGAAAUCCAAAGAGCGAGAGAGGAGUUUGAACUUAGGAUGGAGGAGAGAGAUUUAGAAGAAGAGAAAGGACAGAUGAACCUCACAAUAAUCAACCUUAUUCAGCAGAUUGAGGGGACGAGAGAAAUGGUGCGGAAAGCAAAAUUCCAGAUUGAAAGCCGAAUGGCAGGAAGUCAGAUGGAGACAACAGACCAAGAGGAGAUGAAUGCUGAGAUGCACAGGCUCAUUUUGGAGAUUGAACACAUCCGGGAAAUGCUGCGAGGUCUUAAGGCUGAGGUAGAACACAACAAGGAAAUGAUGACGAGAGACAGGGAUGAGAUGAGGCUACUGAAGAAUGAAGUUCAACGAAGGAGAAGAGAGAUUGAAUACAGGGAAGAAAAGAUUAUGAGAGAACGGGACGAACUAGAACUCGUGAGAAAUAUGAUGCAGCGGCAAAGAGAAGAACUGGAGAAGAGGCUGGAGGAGACCAUUAAAGAGAAUGAUAUGGUGGAGCAGAUGAGAGAAGAUGUGAAAAAUGCUUUGGAGGACAUAGAACAGGCCAAAGAAGAGAUAAAGAGACAGAAAGAACGCAUUGCUCUAGAAAAGACAGGCAAAGAAAAGGUUCAGCCUGCCAUCAUUCCAACCGAGAGCCAGGAGUAUGCAAAAACAGAAGAACCAGCUGCCAUUGAAGUGGAAGACUUUGUGAGUGAUGUUCAGAAAGAAAGACAAGAACUGGAACAAUAUAUAGAAAUCAUUUUAAAAGAGAAACAUGAACUAGAGAAAACAAAGGAGGAUGUACGAGUGGUAAAGAAUGAAGCUGAAGAGAGGAUGACAAAAUUACAAGAGAUAGAAAUAGAGAUGGAAAAGAAACGAGCACGUCUACAAAACUGGGAAAGACUGCUGCAAUCAGAGAGAGAAGAAAACCAGAGAGGUUUAGAUAUAAUAUGGAAAGAGAAGGAGCAGCUAGAUAAAAGAAAACAAGAACUAGAGAGUAUGGAAGUAAAUCUACAGAGAGAGAAAUGUGAAUUGGAAAAAGCAAGAUUGAUGGAGAUUAAACAAGUUGAUGUACAAGUCCAAACUGAUGUGAUGGAGGAUGUAGGAAAAUAUCAGAUGAUCUUGACUAUGAAGGAGCUGGAUAAAGAGCGACAAGCUCUGGAGAAUUUUAAAGAAGACUUACUUGCACAAAAAAGUACAAUUGAGAGACAACUGGCAGAAAUAAAACUGAGCAAGGAUGAAUUUUCACUCAAAGAAGCCGCACUGCAAACUGCAACAAAAAACACAGCAGACAUAGAGUUACAAUUAGAGCUGCGAAAACAGGAGCUAGAACGAACAAAAGAUGAGCUGGAAAAGACAAAGCUAGAAAUACAGAAAGGAGGGGAUGACCUGCAGACGGAGAUUUCAGAAAGCAGAGAAAAAGACAACAUGAUAAGAACAGAAUUAGAAAAUGCGAGAGAUGUCCUAAAUCACAUUCGACAGGAUAUAGAAAAACAAAAGCAAACCAUGGAGGCUGACCUAAAAUACACUUUUGCUAGAGAACUAGAAGACAUAGAAGCUCAGAGAAAAAGGAUAGAGGAUGAAAAGAGAAUGUUACAGAACAUGAAAUAUGAGCUGCAAAAAGAGUCUAGUGAUAUCGAAAGGUUAAACCAGGAAGUGCAGAAAGAAAGACAGAACAUGGAGAAAUGGGCAGAGCAGCUUAAACAAGAGAGGGAGGAACUAGAAAAGAAAAUGUGUGAUAUGCAACAAAUACAAGCAGAAAUAGCCAGAGAAAAGAAAGAUCUAGAGAACCUGAGAGAGGAGAAUGAGCCGACACUGAAGGAGAUCAAAAAGGAGAGAGACACUCUUGAGAAAAUAAAUGAACUCAUUUUACAGCAAAAAGAUGAUUUUGAGAAUGAGAAGGAGGGAAUAAAGAAAAGAGAAAAUGAACUGCAGCAAAUGCAGGCUGAUCUUAACAGACAACAAAAAUACAUGCAGGAUAUUCAGAAUAUAGUUGUAAUGCAAAAAAGUCAACUUCAGAAAAGCCAAGAUGAAAUAGCCGAAAAGCUAACACAGGUGGAAGACAUCAGGCAGUUCACACAAAAUGAAAAAGACAAUCUUGACAGAGAAAGGGCGGCUAUAAUGGAACAGAAGCAGCAGUUGGAGAGCAACUUGACAGAUGCAUUAAACAGAGAACUAGAAACUGUGGAGCUUGUGAAAAAAGAGGUACUAAAUGAGAAGCGACUUAUUGAGGACUGCAGAAUAGCUUUAAUCAGAGAUAUAGAAGAUCUGGAGAAGAAGAAAAUCAAUUUGGGUAGUCAGGCAGAGGAGAUAAAAUUACAAAGACAAAGUAUUGCAGAAGAGAAAAGCAAGUUGGAACAGACUGAAUCUGUGCUGCAACGAGUAGCUGAAGAUACUGAGAAGCUAAGACGAGAUACACUAGCUGAAAGACAGACGCUUAAAAACACUGCUGUGCAACUUCAGAAAGAGAGAGAUGCCAUUGUGAGCCUUGCAGAGGAGACAAAAAGAAAGAGAGAGGACCUAGAUAGAAUGCAAGCUGAUGCAGAAAAGCAGGAAAAAACAUUUGAGAUAUUGAAGGGCAUGAAGGCUGAUCUGAAAAAAGAAGCCGGUGUCAUUGAAAAUUUAAGACAAGCUGUUCAAAAUGACAUACAACACGUAAAAGACAUGGAAGCCAAAAUUCAAAAAGAAAGACAAUACACUGAUAGUCUAGUUGAAGAGAUUGAAAAGAGGUCAAAAGCACUGGAUGAGAUGCACAUGGAGGUUGAAAAAGAAAAGCGAUAUGUUGAGUCUGAGAGAGAUGUUCUAGAACAGGAAAAGUCUAAGCUCAGAGAUCUCAAAGAUGAAUUUGCUCAGCAAAAAGAACAGAACAUUAUUAUACUGGCAGAGAUAGAGAAAGAAAGAGACAAUCUUGCGCAGAUGAGUGAAACCAUCACAAAUCAAAGGUGCAUUGUUGAAAGUGAUAAAGAAAAUUUAAGACGGAGAGAAAAUGAACUGAAACAAAAAGAAGCAGAGAUUGAAAACAAACAAAAACAAAUAGAUGAGCUGAAGAGCAGUUUAAGAAUGGAAAAGAUGCAAGUUGAGCAGAUGCAAGCUGACCAAGAUCAACAAUGGACAGUUGUACAUGAAAAAAUAGAAUACGUUAAGACUGCAAGUGAUAGAGACGCGACAUAUCUGGAGAAAGAGAGACAGGAAAUGGAGAAUUUGAGAGAAGAACUGAGGGUGGAAUAUGAAAAUGUGGAGCUCCAAAAGAGAUAUUUAAUUGAGCAAAAAGAAGUAUUUGAAAGCCGCAUGAAAUCACUAGAAAUGGAUGAGGAAGACAUCGAGAAAAAUAAAGCCAAACUGCACAAAGAAUUUGAAAACUUGCAGUUUCAGAGGCAAUCGUUUGAGAAAGAGAUACAGCAGGUAAGAGCUGACCUUCAGAAAGAGGCUGACAAUACUGAGAGAAUAAAGAAAGAGGUUGUAGCUGAAAAGCAGAGUAUAAAAGACAUGGCAGUUCAAAUUCAACAUGAGGGAAAUGACAGAAAAGAAGCUCUGGAGAGGAUGCGCCUUGAGCUAGAAAAACAAAAGCAAGACAUUGGGACUGAAAAAGAUAUACUAGAAAACCAGAAGUUUGAAGUGGACAAAAGCAAAAGAGAGAUAGCUAGAGCAAACGAUGAUCUUGCUGAAAAGAGAAAAAUUAAUGAUAUUGAUCGGUCAGAGAUGGAGAAGCAGAGAAAUUCCCUUGAGCAAAUGAAGAUGAACAUUUCACAAGAGGAACAUGGUAUUAAAAUAGUGAAGGAAAGUUUGAGACACCAAGAAAAUGACCUGAAUAUAUGUACAUCACAACUUCAUGCACAUCAGAAAGAAAUAGAACAGAUUCAGGAUGUUAUCAUGAAAGAAAAGAGUCAGCUUAAUGAAAGACAGGCUGAAAUGGAAAAGCAAAAGAGAGAAUUAGAGAAUGUGAUGGACAGACUUGAAAAAGAGAGGACUAAUGUAAUGGAAGAAAGACAAAAAGUGAAUGGCAUUGCAGUAGAACUGAAGAGGGAAAGUGAAACAGUGGAGCUGAUGAAACAAGAAGUUCUCCGCGAAAAAGAAUCUAUUGAAAACAGCAGGCAAAUACUGAACAAAGAUCUAGAGGAUAUAAAAGAAAAUAGAACCAUAUUAGCUGAGGAGUUUGAGACCUUAAACUACCAGAAACAAUUGACUGGCAAAGAAAAGCAGGAAUUUGAUAAGAUGAAAAAUGAGCUCCAACAAGAAAAGGAAAUUAUUGCUAAACUAAGGCAAGACAUAGAAAAUGGCAGGCAGAAGGCUGAGGAAAUGACGAUCAAACUUCAAAAAGAAAAGGAAGAUAUAGAGAUUUCUUUUGCCAGGAUAAGAUCAGAGGAAGGAGAUCUAAGAAAACAAAAACAAACAAUUGAAUCUGAUAGAGACACUCUUAAAAAGGACAAGUCUGACCUGGAGAAAACUAAAGCAGAGAUAGCCAGAGCCAAAGAAGAUAUUGAGAAUCAAAUUGAAUCACAUAAAAGACAAAAUGAGGUAACAUUGGCAGAGAUACAGAAAGAGAAACACAUUCUUGAGCAGUUAAGAAUGAACAUAUCACAACAGAGAGAUGAUCUAGAAAAGGACACUGAACAAACAAGAUACAAACAAGCAGAACUGCAAAGUCUAAAAAUGGAAAUUCAGAAAGAGCAAACAGAGAUAGAUGAGCAGAAGGUGAUGAUUGCACUAGAGAAGAGUGGGCUGAAAGACAUUAAAGCUCAAAUAGAUAAACAGAAAAAAGAGACAGAUGAAACCAAAGAACAGGUUAAAAAGGAGAGGGAUGAUAUUGAGAGAGAAAAGGCAGAAUUGAUGAAUCAAAAACAACAUAUGGAGGUAAAUUUGAGGCAAGAACUAAAAAUGGAGAGUGAAAAGUUAGAGCUGCUCAGAAAGGAGAUGUGUGAUGUAAAGGAAGGAAUUGACAACUGCAGGAAACGCAUAAAAACAGACAUGGAUACUUUGGAACAAACAAAGCUUGAUGUAGUGAAAGAGUUGGAGAAUAUUAAGCUUCAGAAACAAAUGAUUGAGGAUGAGAAAGAUAGGAUUGAGCAGAUAAAAUCAGAUCUAAAAAGAGAAGCCGAAGACAUUGAAAAGAUUAAAGUAGAGACACAAAAUGAAAGACAGAAGCUUAAGGAAGCAACAACCCAACUUAAGAAAGAUAGAGAUAAUGUUGAGAGUCUUGCAGAGGAACUUGACAGGAAAAAAGUGACACUAGAAAAUAUGCAUCAGGAAACUGAAUUGCAAAGGAAAGCAAAUGAGUCUAAUAAACAGAUGCAGGAAAGAGCUCUACUUGAGCUGAAGAAAACUGUGACAGAUAUAGCAAGAGCCAAGGAGGAUCUUGAAACCCAGCUUGUUGAAGAAAGAGAAAAGAACAAGAUCACACUAGCAGAGAUACAGAAAGAAAAAGACAUGCUCCUGCUACUGAGAGAUAGUAUUUCAGAGCAACAUGACAACAUUGCAAAUGAGAGACAACAAAUGAGACUGAGAGAGACUGAACUUGAACACCUCCAAGCUCUGAUUUAUAGGCAGCAAGAUGAAAUGGAAGCCACACGAAAAGCUCUCACAAUGGAAAAAGACAGAAUUGAAAAGAAGAAAAUUGAAAUAGAUCAAAAACAGAGAAAGGUAAAUGAAAUCAUGGAAUUUACAACAGGAGAAAAGGCUUAUAUUGAGAAAGAGAAGUCUGAAAUGCUAGCACAGAAACACCAAAUGGAGACUGAACUGGAGGUCUUGAAGGUAGAACUGAAUAAUGAAAAAGAAUUAAUUGAGGAAAGGACCCAAAUGUUGAAAACAUUCAAUGCUGACAUAGACGAAAAAAGAGCAGCCCUAGACAGAGAGAUAAAGGAGCUUCAAUAUCAUAAAAAAGCUAUUAGAGAUGAGACGGAUGAUUUAGAACAGAUGAAGAUAGAGCUGCAAAGACAAACUGAAGAUAUGAGAAGGCUAAAAGAAGAAACACAAAAUGAGAGACAGAGUUUGGAAAAGAUGGCUGAACAACUUCAGAAGGAGAAAGAAGGUAUUGUUCAUCUUGCUGAAGAUACAAAGAGAAAGAAUGAGAUUCUGGAUGAAAUGAAAGUAUUACAUGAGUCCAAAUUAGAAAAUCUGCAAAAAGAGAUCAGGGAAAAACAGGACAUGAUGAUUGAGCUGAGAAAGAAGUCUGAAGAUAUUGAGCUUCAGAUGAAGGAGAUAUUGACUGAAAAGGAAAUGCUGGAAAAUGAUAGACAACUGCUGAAGAGAGACAUGGAAAAUCUGCAACAAAAACGAGUUAAUGUAGACAGAGAUUCAGAGAGUCUGAAACAUGAGAGAGAGGCUUUGGAGAAUGAGAAGGAAAUGAUAAAACAGAUCAAAACUGACCUGCAACGAGAAACACAAGAGAUUGAGAAGAUCAGACUAGAAACACAACAUGAAAGACAAAAACUGGAGGAAAUGACAGCUCAACUCCAGAAAGAGAGGAAAGAAAUCAAUGAUCUCAUUGAGGAAAUUAAAAAGAAGGGAGAUAUUCUUGAUGAAACCUAUACUGAAAUACAAAGGGAACAAGAAGCAAUUGAGAGAGGCAAAGACUUGAUUAGAAGGGAACGGUCUGUCUUAGAGAAAACCAAAGCCGAGAUGUCUCAAACCAAGGAAGAGGUUGAAAAACAGCUUUCUGAACAAAAAACAAACAUUGAGAUCACACUGGCAGAGAUACAACAAGAGAGAAACAUGCUUGAACAGAUGAGUGAGAAAAUAACUAGAGAAAAAAUGGCACUUGAAGAUGAAAAGCAAGAGUUACGAAUAGAAAAGGAAGAACUUGAAAGAAUGCGGGCAGACAUCGAAAGAAAACAAGGAGAUAUUGAUCACCUGAGGUUUGGCAUAACAGAAGAGAGUCUGCUUGAGAAGUCAGAGGCUGAAAUGGUUCUUCAACAGAGUGACGUGGAUGUAGUCAAAUCUGUAACAGACAAAGAAAUGUCAGAUCCAGAUGGAAAAAGUGUCUUGAUGGAGCAGAUGCUGGAAAUGGACUUAAAAGAUGCAUUAGAAACAGAUGUUGAGAGCCAAAAGCCAGACUUACCUGAAGCUGAGGAUUUACCUCAUAAACAGGAGAUGAUGUUAGAGAAGAAGUUUAUUGAAGAUGAAAAGGACAAACUGGAACAGAUGAGAGCUGAACUGCAAAGUGAAGCCGAACACAUUGAAAAGGAAAAGCAGGACAUGCAAAAUGAAAGACAGAAGUUAGAAGAAAUGUCAGCUCAACUUCAGGAAGAGAGAAGUAAUCUUGAAAGCCUUAACGAGGAGAUUAAUGUUCAAACAUUUAAUCAACAAAAGCAAGUAACUGAGUUUGAAAUGGAGAAGACUGAUUUAGAGAAAAUCAAAACAGAAAUUGCUAAAGCCAACAAACUUCUUACAGAACAGCAAGAAAAGAAUGAGAAGACAAUAAAAGAGAUGCGGACAGAGAGAGACGCUCUUGAAGAAAUGAGGGUGAACAUCUCAAAACAAGUGGAGACUAUUCAAAAAGCGAAUGAAAGUCUUUCUCGCAGAGAAAGUGAACUUGCAAAGCUGCAGGAAUACAUUUUACAACAACAACAUGAAAUGGAUGAACUGAAAAACACAAUCAUGAUGGAAAUGAGUCAACUGGACCAGAGACAAACUGACAUUGAUCUAUUACAGCGAGAGGUUGAUGAUCUAAUGGAAUUCACAAAGACAGAAAUGACCAAUGUAGAAAGAGAUAGAGUGGAAAUGAUGGCACAGAGGAGAAAUAUAGAGAGAGAGAUAGUCAGUCUAGAGGAAGAAAAUGAGACAUGUGAACAACUGAGACUACAAUUACUGGAGGAAAAGGAUCAGGUUGAAAAAGACAGAGAACUGUUGACCAAAAAUUUGGAUCUUAUGGAGAGGCAAAAAGUGGAUAUGGAGAAAGAAUUAAAGAAUCUAAAAGUUGAGAAACACACAUUUGAAAAUGAGAAGGAGGAACUAGAGAGGAUGAAAACCGACCUUCAAAGACAAGCUGAAGACUUGGAGAAACUAUCUGAGAAGACAAAGAAUGAAAGACGGAGGGCAGAAGAGAUGGCAGCCAAAUUUAAAAAGCAAUUAGACGUCAGUGGUAUUCCAGCGGACUACCAACAGGCGGAAGAGCUCAUGGAUGAGACAGAGAAGCAAAGAAAGGAAAUUCAGUCUGCCAAAGACUUGCUUCAAGAAGAAAGAUUUGAGCUGGAGAAAACCAAGGCAGAGAUAAGCCAAGCCAUGGAAGAACUAGACAGACAAAGAACUGACUUGCAGAGAGAUAAAGACAUUCUGAAGCAAAGGAGUACAAAUAACUUGAGACAAAUAGCUCAAAUUGAAGAUGAGAAGGAAAAAAUACAACACAAAGAGAAUGAACUAGAACAAAUGAGAACAGAACUUCAAAAUAAACAAAAAGAAAUGGAUGACAUGAAAAACAAAAUAAAAGAAAAGGCUGAUUUUGAGAAUCUGGAACAAAGGAGAGCUGAGUUGGCUAGAGACUUGGAAAACCUCCAAAAUGAGAAACAAGCUUUUAAAAAUGAGCAAGACGAGCUAGAAAAGAAGAGAGAGGAUAUUAAGAAGUUGAAGCUAGAAGUUCAGAAAGAAAGGCAGAGGGCUGCAGAAGAGUUAGAAAAAGAGAGGCAACAAUUUGCUAAGGAGAUCAAAAUGAAAAAUGACACCCUGGAUGAAAUACAAGUUGAGAUAGAAAGACAAAAACAAGCCAUUGCUGUAGACAAAGCGAUUGUUACAAAGGAAAAGAUGGAUCUGGAAAAAACCAAGGAACAUUUCAAAAGACAAUCUGAGGAGAGUGACAUCACUCGUGCAAACCUGCAGAAAGAGAGAGAGAGUCUUGAUCAGAUGAGAGUGGAGAUCUUAAAGCAAAAACAUGACAUAGAGAGAGAAAGAGGUGAACUGUUAGAGCAGUGUCCGCUGAUGGAGACACUAAAGAAGGACACUGAAAAUGUGGAACAGCUGAGGAAAGAGCUUUUGGAUGAAAAGGAAUUGACUGAGAAAAGCAGAACGCAACUGAAACGAGACAUGGAUGAUAUGGAACAAAAUAAAUCAAAUCUGCAUAAAGAAUUAGAGGAGUUAAAAGUUCAAAAACAGGAUAUUCAAGAUGAAAGAGUUCAACUAGAGCGAAUGAAUGCUGAGUUAGCAAAAGAAAGAAAAGCAAAUAACAACAUGUUGAGAGAGGCUAAAAAAGAAAUGGAGAAAUAUGAGGAGAUCAAAUCAAAUAUUCUAAUCCAAAAAGAAGAGUUUGAGACUAAAAGACAAUCAGAAGUAGAGGAACUUAUUGGUAUGAGAGCGGAAAUACUCAGACAGAAAGAGGAAUUAGAGGAAAAGAUGCAAAAGACUAAACGUGAGAUGAAAGAAUUGAAGCUUCUUCAGGAUGAAACUGAUAGCAAGAGGAAAGAUCUUGAUAACAAGAUGAGACAGGCAGCGAGAAAGAGAGAUGAGCUGGAGAAAAUGAGAGCUGAUAUUGAAAGUGCAAAUGAGAAACUUGAAAUGGACAGAGUCAUGUUAAGUAUAAAGCGUGAUGACAUGGAUCAAAUGAAAGCUGAGAAACCACGAGCGGGAGAAGAACUACAAUCUCAUACGGAAGAAAGAGGUGGAGAUCUGGAAGAGAAAGAACAAAUAAACAUCAAGAUACAGAGGCUUAUUCAAGAGGCUGAAAAGACUAGGGAAAUGGCCUGGAGAACAAAACAUGACCUGGAAAGAAGCAUGCAGAGAGAUGUUAAUGUUCAAGCGGAUUCAGAGGAAAGGCAAGAAAUGAGUGCUUACAUGCAGAGGCUGAUCCAGGAAAUUGAGCAUGUCAGAGAGGUUCUCAGAAGAAUGAAAGAUGAAGUCAAGGCUGCUAGAAAUGAAAGAUUUGAACUGGAGAACAUGAGACUGGAAGUCGAAGCCAUGAAACAGGGCAUGAAGGAAACCUAUGAGCAACAGAACAAGGAGAUACAAAAAAAGACGCAGCAAAUUGAGAGUACCAAAGACUUGUUGAGCAAAGAGCGAAGUGAUCUUGAGCAAAAUAGAGCUGAUUUGGAGAGACAAAAACAAGAUAUGGCAUUGGACAAACAAAAACUUCAUGACGAAAAUGAACUGCUGAAGAAAGAAAAUGUUGACAUGAAGAAACAAUAUGAAAUUCUCAAAAACCUUCUAGAAGAAACAACUAGAGAAAGCACAGUACAAACAGUUAAACCUUCCAGAAAAAAGAAAGUAAUGAGGAGAGAUUCAGAGGAAUUAAGGGAGAAAAUUGAAUCAUUAAGCAUGGACGGCCAGCAAGAAGAGAGUAAGAGUCAGACAGAUGAAAUUAACAGACAAAUGGACAAACUGACAGAGCUGAAGGCUGAGCUGGAUCAACAGCAGGUAGAACUUCAGAAAACUAAAGCAGACUUAAAACAUCAGAUGGAUGAGCUAGAAAACAUGAGGUCUGAGAUAUUACAGCAUGAAAAGGACACGAGAGAGGUGGAGCUGAUGGAUAUACAGAGCCAGAGAGAAGUCCUAGAAACAAGGAUUCAGAAAAUGAAGCAUGAGAAGGGAGAACUGGAAGUCUUAAGGUCUGAAAUAGUCCUAGAAAAGAAAGAUCUGGACCAGAAGAUGAAACAAGUGAUACGAAAGAGGGAUGAGGUGGAGAAAAUGAAGACUGAGAUAGCAAAGGCGAGAGAGGAGAUCAACAGAGAGCGGCAGGAGCUGGAAAUACUCAGGAAUGAUGUCCAAAGUGCAAGAGAGGAUUUUGAGCUAUUGGUGGAGAAAACUGUGAAUCUAGAAGAUGAGGAAAGUACCAAUGCUGACAUCCAAAGACUAAUUUUAGAGGUUGUGAAAAUCAGGGAAAUGGUGAGAAAUCUAAAAGUUGACAUGGAGAGCAGGAUGGAGUUCAAGUCUGAGAUCCAGAGGCUCAUUCAAGAUAUUGGACAAAUACUGGAAAAUCUUGUAAGCCUUAGAAAAGAGAUAGAAACCACCAGAGACAAGAAUGAAUUGGAGAAGAUGAGAGCAGAGCUUGCAGAAAAGCAACAGGAGGAAGAGAGCAUGAAAGAAAUGCUGCAGAAAGAAAGAGAAGAACUGGAGCAGCUGAAGGAUGAGAUAAACAGAGAAAAGGAGGAUGUGGAGACCAAAAGAGAGCUGGUUAAGGUAGAAAUAGCUAAAGAAAUAAUGGAAGAGUUUAAGGACAUGAGAAAGAACAAGGAAGAACUGCAAAAUGUCACUGAGGAACUCUUGAGAAACAAGAGUGAUCUGGAACAGCUCAACAGAGAUAUACAAAACCUAUGGCAAACCAUGGAAGAAAUGAAAACCCUGCAUGAAAAGAAAAGGGCUGAACUGGAAGGCAUUACUUCUGAAGUAAAGAGGGGAGAGCAGAUACUGGAGAAGCAGAAACAUGAGUUGGAAGAGAAAAGUUGGAUUGUUGAAGAAAUAGAGAAAAAGAAAGAUACACUUGAAAAGAUCAAUAUGGAAAUACUGAGGAAGCAAAAAGAUAUAGAUAAAGAAAUGGACAAUUUAAGGCAAGAGAAGCAAGAGCUGGAGCUCUCUAGAAGUGAACUACAGAGACAGAGAAUUGAUGUUGAAUCUUCAAAACAUGCUUUGAUUAUGGAGAAGGAUCGGUUAGAAGAUGAACAAGCUGAAAUCAAUCAACAGAGGCAUGAAGUGAGUGCUGCCAUGAAGGCUUAUGAUGUGGAGCUGAAAAAUCUAGAAAAGAUGAAGAAUGAACUAGAAAACGAGAGGGCUAAACUUGAUGAAAAGCUCCACAAUGCUGCAAAAAUGGAGGAGAAACUACAGGAAAUGAAGAGUGAACUAAACAAAGAAAAAGAGCAAGUGGAAGAAAUGAAGCAGAUGGUCAGCACAGAGAGACAUUUGAUUGAACAAAAGAAUGCUGAGCUUCAGAAAAAGUCAGAGAUCACUGACAGACUCAUUCAGGAAGCAAACAAUGAGAGAGACAGAUUAACAGACCUCAGUCUAAAACUUCACACACAACGAGAAGAUAUAGAGAACAUCAUCACAGAAAUAGAGACCAAGAAGAAAGAUCUCAAUAUAAUCAGUGCAGAACUUCAAGAUGAUAAGAUACGACUGAAAAAUGGCAGGGAUGUUUAUGAAAGGGAAAUGACACAUCUGCAGCUUAAGAGGGAAGCGUUAGUGAGAGAAACAGAGGACCUGGAAAGAAAAGCCUUACAACAGAAAGAACAAGAUGAGAUGGCGAAACAAGAGAUUCAAAAUCACAAAGAGGCUCUAGAGCAAAUGAAGGUGGACAUUCUGAAGGAAAGAGAUGAUGUUGACAAAGAGAAGAAAAAUUUAUAUUCAGAAAAACAGAAACUGGAUACACUUCGAGAAGAACUGCAAAGAAAGGAAAGUGAGCUUGAAAACAAAGUAAAAACUAUCAUGGAAGAGCAGCAGCAGCUGAAACAGAUUCAAGAUGAAAUGUAUAAAAUCAAGAAGGAGAUUCAAAAUAAUCUGGAAAGAAAGGAGGCCGAAAUUCAAGAGGAGAAACAGCAAUUAAUGGAAAUGGGUGAAACAAUUACAAGUGAAUGCAAUGAAUACAGAAAGCUGACUGAAGAAGUACAGAAAGAAAAAGAGCAGCUUGAGAUCAGCAAAAAGUUGAUGGAUCAAGAGAAGGCCGAACUUGAAAACAUGAAAAAUGAUCUGGAGAAACAAUUACAAAAUCUAAGACAUGAGAAACAGAAUGUACAAGAUGAGAAGAAUGCACUAGAACAGAUAAGAGCAGAAUCCAAAGAGAUCCAAAAUGUUAUCAAGAAGGAAAGAAAGGAUCAAGAGAAAUGCUGGCUGGAAAUUGAGGGUGAAAGGCAAAGAGUGGAGGAAGAAAUCAGACAAUUAGAGAGACAGAGGGAAGAAACUAACAAACUUCACAGUGAGUUGCAAAUAAUUAGAGAUGACAUUAAAAGUAAGAAAGAAAAGAUUGAUAAAGAAAUUGAAGAAUUGUUGCAAAUGAGGGUUGACCUGGAGAGAACAAAAGUAGAAAUCGAAAAGGAUAAUCAACGACUUCAAGACGAUAAAUUUAAUCUAGAAAAGACAAAAGCUGAGAUAAAGAUACAGACAGAUAAAAUGAUAAUAAUAGACACUAACCUAAAGGAGAAAGAAAGAGAAAUUAAAAUCCAACUAGAUAAAGACAGAGAAGAAAUUAAAUGUUUGUCUGAAGAGACUGAAAUGAAAAUGAGGGACCUUGAUAAGACGAUAAAGGAGAUGGAGAGACAAAAGCAAGAAAUUGAGAAAACAAAAGUGAUGCUUGAAAAGGAAAAGACAGAAAUUGACAAAGAAAAGAAAGACUUGGAAAAACAAAUGAUGGACCAGACUGAGCAGAUACAAAAGGACAGACUGGCCCUUGAGGAGAUGAAGGAAGAACUUCUUCGUGAAAAACAAGAAACAGAGGAAGAGAGAAAUAAAUUGAUGACUUUAAGAAACAAACUAGAAGCUUUAAGAGCAGAGAUACAGAACAAGCAAAAUGAAAAUUACAUUUUGAAGAAGAAACUUAUUUUGGAAAAAUUAAACAUCGAGGAACGGCAGGUCGAGGUACUCAACCAGCAGCGGCAGAAUGAUCAAACCAGUGAGGAAAACAAAAAAGAGAGAGAAGAUCUGGAAAAACAGAGAUUUGAAACUGAACAGCAGAAACAGAUGUUGGAGCUUAACAUCAUAAAAAUUAAUGAAGAGAAGCAAAUACUUCAGAAAGCCAAAGAAGAAAUUGAAAACAUAAAAUACAUGACCAACAAAGAAAGAGACAAGGUUGAACAAAUGCAAGGUGAAAUACACCAUCAGAUUCAGUCAAUUGAACUACAAAAGCAACGCAUGCAAGACAAGCAGAAUGCUCUUGAUGAAAAAGAGCUAAACAUACAGAGGAAGGAAAGGGACGUAGAGAAGAGAAACAUAGAAUUAGAUGGGAUCGCUGCUCAGCUUCACAUUGAACAGGAAUAUUUAGAUAAUGUUCCUGAGGAAACCAAUAAGAGACAACAUGCCCUUGAAGAGAUGCAGGUUGAUAUAGAACUGCAAAAACAAGAAAUUAAUAAGAACUAUGAGUUGCUUAAGAAGAUACGGCAUGAAAUAGACAACGAAAAUAUAGAAAUGAAGCAGAAAAAAGAUGAUCUGCAGAUCUGGACUAAACAACAGAAAGAUAAGGUUCAAGUCCAGUUAGAAGAGCUAGAGAAAGAAAGAGAAAAACUGGAAAAAAUUAAGAUAAAGCUUCUUACUGAGAGAGAGCAAACUGAAAAAGAGAAAGCUGAUAUAAAUAGGGUAAAUGAUGAAAUAGAAUCAAUGAGACAAAGAGUGAUAAUUCAGAAGACUGAGCUGGAGCAGAGAGAGAAAUAUAUUACUGAGCAGCAGCAAAGACUGGAUCAAAGUGUAAGAGAGAUAACGGAAGAAAGAAGGGAAAUGGAUAAGUUGAGGAUUGAACUAGAAGCUCAGAGACAAAGAAUGCAAGAGGACAUGAAGACUAUUGCAAAGCAGGAAAAAGAACUUUCACAACUGAGAGAUGAAAUACAAAGAGAAAAACAAGACAUUGGUGAAAACAGGAACACAACUAACAAGUUAAUGAAAAAUCUGGAAAUCACGAAAGCCAAGCUGGUGGAACAACAAGAAGUGAUCCGAACUGAAGCAGAAAAACUCCAAGAGGAAAGAAGACUGGUUGACCAGACAAAAUCUGAGGUGCAGAAUGAUGCUGAAAAUCUGAAAAGCAUCUUAGAAGAGAUCAAAAGGGAGCAAAAAAAUAUGGAGAUAAGGGAGUCCCACCUUAAACAAAUGAUGGAUCAAUGUGCCAAUACCAUGGAAGAAAAUAUGAGGAAGAAGAGUGAACUAGAAAAGACUAUUGAUGACAUAGAAGAGCAAAAUCAACAGAUUAAGACUGAGAAAGACCAUCUGAAAAAAGAGAGAAAUAACAUUGAAAAGGAAAAAGAAGAUUUGCAAAGACAAGCUGAUGACCUGGAGACGCACAUGACAGAACAAAAAGAAAAAGAAGAGAUGAGUAAAAGAUCAAUGGAUGAAGAGAAAAAGCUUCUUGAGGAAAAGGCUAGCGAAAUUCUGAGACAGAGAGAUGAAAUAGAGAAAGAAAAAGAGGACAUGAUGAAGAAGUGGAAUGAGCUGGAUGUUCUCCAGAAGACAUUACAAAAACAAAGAGACGAAAUGGAAGAAAUCAAAUAUGAGUUUGAGACUGAAAAGGCUGAAAUUAAUCAACAGCAGCAAAGACUGGAGGAGAGUAUAAGAGCUGUGAACGAGGAGAGGAGAGAUCUGGAGAACAUGAGGAAUGAAUCUGAAGAAUAUAGACAACAAAUGGACGAAGAGAUAAGAGUAAAACUAAAGAUGGAGAAAGAGGAACUUGAUCAGAUGAAGAGUGAUCUGGAAAUACAGAAAACUGAAAUAGAUCAUGAGCAGAAGAAAAUAGAUGAUGACAGAAAUAUGAUUGAACAGGAAAGAAAUGACCUGGAGAAGAUGAGGUCUGAAAUAAUGUUACAAAGAAAGCAAAUAGAAGAAGAGAGAUCAGAACUUGACAACAAAAUAAAACAGACUGAUCUAGAAAAAUGUGACAUUGAGAAGAGCAAAGAAAUUGUACAGAAGAUACUAGAUGAGGUAGAAGAACAGAGAAAUUAUAUUAAACUCCAUGAAGAAAAACUUGAACUUGAGAGACAAAAGAUCAAUGAUGAAAAAGAUUGUCAGGCUCAAAUAAAGACUAAACUGCAAAAAGAGAGUGAACAAAUCAGAUGCAUGGAAGAGGAAAUAAAGAAGGACAGAGAAACACUGAAAGAAAUGGAAGCUCUUCUACAAAAGGAAAAGGAAGAACUUGAGAGUGUCACUGAAGAAACAAAUAGACGAAAAGAAAACCUGGAAAUGAUGAGCGCAAACAUAAAUGAACAAAAACUAGAGCUGAGCAAAUACAGAGAGAUUCUAGAGCAAGAGAAAGAUGAAAUAAACAAUAAAUGGAUACAGUUACAGCAGAGAAUUGAUGAAUUUGAUACUCAAGUCAGACAACAGAAGGAAAAGGAUUUAAUGAAACAGGAGAAGAUGGAAGAAGAAAGAAAAAGUCUAGAACAGACCAAAGUCAAGAUCCUGGAGCUGAAGACUAAAGCUGAGCAGGAACAACAAGACAUAAGCCUAAAAAUACAAGAGUUGAACACACUGCAAGAACAUAUUUUGAAAGAAAAGGGGAAAGAAGAAGAAAUGAGAGUAAAAUCAAAGAUGGAGAGAGAAGAACUUGAUCAGAUAAAGAGGGAAUUGGAACGAGAGAAAACUGAAAUGGACAAUGACAGGAAGAUGAUUGAACAGGAAAGAGAAGACCUGGAGAAGAUGCGGUCUGAAACAAUGACACAAAGAGAAGAAAUGGAAGAUAUGAGAGAAGCAAUCAAAUUAGAGAGAUCAGCACUUGUCCAGAAAACAAAAGAGACUGAUCUAGAAAAGAAUAAAAAGUACAAAGAAAAAGUUCAAAAACUAUUGGACCAGGUGGACGAACAGAUAAAUUAUAUUACACUCCAAAAAGAAGAACUAGACUCGCUGAAAGCACAGAUUAUUAAAGAAAAAGAAAUUAGCAUAAAAGCAAAGAUGGAAAGAGAGGAACUUGACCAGAUAAGGAGUGAACUGGAAAGAGAGAAAUCUGAAAUUGAUCAUGAGCAGAAGAAAAUGAAUAAUGACAGAAAGGUGAUUGAACAGGAAAGAAACAACCUGGAGAAGAUGAAGUCUGAAAUAGUGACACAAAGAGAACAAAUGGAAAAACACUUGACAGAGACUAUCAAACUAGAAAGAUCAGCACUUGACCAGAAAAUGCAAGAGAUUGAUCUAGAAAAGGAUGAAAUUGGAAAGAACAAAGAAAUAGUUCAGAAAUUAAUGGAUAAAGUAGAAGAGCAGAGAAAUUAUAUUAAACUCCAGAAAGAAGAACUUGACCUUGAAAGACAAAAGAUCACUGAUGAAAAAUAUAUUUUAUCUCAAAGUAAGACAGAGCUGCAAAAAGAAAGAGAACAAAUCAAAUACAUGGAGGAGGAAAUAAAGAAGGAGAGAGAAACACUGAAGGAAAUGGAAGCUCAUCUACAAAAGGAAAAGGAAGAAACUGUGAGUGUCACUGAAGAAACAAAGAGAAAGAAAGAGGAUCUGGAUGAACAAAAACAAGAGUUGAAGAACUGCAGAGACUUUCUAGAAGAAGAAAGAGAAGAAUUCAACCAAAAAUGGACACAGUUACAACUGAGAAUUGAUGAAUUUGAUGCUCAAGUCAGUAAACAGAAGGAAGAUUAUAUGAAGGAACAGAAAAAGAUGAAAGAAGAAAGAAAAAGUAUAGAAGAAACCAAAGCUAAGAUCCUGGAGCUGAAGACUAAAGCUGAACAGGAACAGAUUACGAAAGAAAAAGAGAAAGAAGAAGAAAUGGGAGUUAAAUCAAACAUGGAGAAGGAAAAACUUGAUCACAUAAAGACUGAACUGGAAAGAGAGAAAACUGAAAUAGAUCAUGAGCAGAAGAAAAUGGAUGAUGACAGCAAGAUGAUUGAACGGGAAAGAAAAGAACUGCAUAAGAUGAGGUCUGACAUGAUGACAGAGAAAGAGCAAAUGGAAGACAUGAGAGAAGCAAUCAAACUUGAGAGAUCGGCACUUGAACAGAAAAUGCAAAAGAUUGAUCUAGAAAAGGAUGAAAUUGGAAAGAACAAAGAAAUAGUUCAGAAAUUAAUGGAUAAAGUAGAAGAGCAGAGAAAUUAUAUUAAACUCCAGAAAGAAGAACUUGACCUUGAAAGACAAAAGAUCACUGAUGAAAACUAUCUUCUAGCUCAAAGUAAGACAGAGCUGCAAAAAGAAAGUGAACAAAUCAAAUACAUGCAGGAGGAAAUAAAGAAGGAGAGAGAAACACUGAAGGAAAUGGAAGCGCACCUACAAAAGGAAAAGGAAGAACUUGAGAGUGUCACUGAAGAAACAAAUAGACGAAAAGAAAACCUGGAAAUGAUGAGCGCAAACAUAAAUGAACAAAAACUAGAGCUGAGCAAAUACAGAGAGAUUCUAGAGCAAGAGAAAGAUGAAAUAAACAAUAAAUGGAUACAGUUACAGCAGAGAAUUGAUGAAUUUGAUACUCAAGUCAGACAACAGAAGGAAAAGGAUUUAAUGAAACAGGAGGAGAUGGAAGAAGAAAGAAAAAGUCUAGAACAGACCAAAGUCAAGAUCCUGGAGCUGAAGACUAAAGCUGAGCAGGAACAACAAGACAUAAGCCUAAAAAUACAAGAGUUGAACACACUACAAGAACACAUUAUGAAAGAAAAAGAGAAAGAAGAAGAAAUGAGAGUAAAAGCAAAGAUGGAAAGAGAAGAACUUCAUCAGAUAAAGAGGGAAUUGGAACGAGAGAAAACUGAAAUGGAAAAUGACAGGAAGAUGAUUGAACAGGAAAGAGAAGACCUGGAGAAGAUGCGGUCUGAAACAAUGACACAAAGAGAAAAAAUGGAAGACAUGAGAGAAGCAAUCAAAUUAGAGAGAUCAGCACUUGUCCAGAAAACAAAAGAGACUGAUCUAGAAAAGAAUAAAAAGUACAAAGAAAAAGUUCAAAAACUAUUGGACCAGGUGGACGAACAGAUAAAUUAUAUUACACUCCAAAAAGAAGAACUAGACUCGCUGAAAGCACAGAUUAUUAAAGAAAAAGAAAUUAGCAUAAAAGCAAAGAUGGAAAGAGAGGAACUUGACCAGAUAAGGAGUGAACUGGAAAGAGAGAAAUCUGAAAUUGAUCAUGAGAAGAAGAAAAUGAAUAAUGACAGAAAGGUGAUUGAACAGGAAAGAAACAACCUGGAGAAGAUGAAGUCUGAAAUAGUGACACAAAGAGAACAAAUGGAAAAACACUUGACAGAGACUAUCAAACUAGAAAGAUCAGCACUUGACCAGAAAAUGCAAGAGAUUGAUCUAGAAAAGGAUGAAAUUGGAAAGAACAAAGAAAUAGUUCAGAAAUUAAUGGAUAAAGUAGAAGAGCAGAGAAAUUAUAUUAAACUCCAGAAAGAAGAACUUGACCUUGAAAGACAAAAGAUCACUGAUGAAAAAUAUCUUCUAGCUCAAAGUAAGACAGAGCUGCAAAAAGAAAGAGAACAAAUCAAAUACAUGGAGGAAAUAAAGAAGGAGAGAGAAACACUGAAGGAAAUGGAAGCUCAUCUACAAAAGGAAAAGGAAGAAAUUGAGAGUGUCACUGAAGAAACAAACAGACAGAAAGAGGAUCUGGAUGAACAAAAACAAGAGUUGAAGAACAGCAGAGACCUUCUAGAACACGAAAGAGAAGAAAUAAACCAUAAAUGGACAGAGUUACAACUGAGAAUUGAUGAAUUUGAUGCUCAAGUCAACAAACAGAAGGAAGAAUAUCUAACAGAACGAAAGGAAAUAGAAGAAGAAAGUAAAGGUCUAGAAGAGAUCCUGGAGAUGAAGACUAAAGCUGAGCAGGAACAUCAUGAUGUAAACCUAAAAAUACAAGAGUUAAACACGCUGCAAGCACAGAUUAUUGAAGAAAAAGAGCAACUACAAGAAAUCAGAAAUAAGGUUUUGAAUGAAACAGCCACACUUGAGAUGAGAGCUGCUGAGAUAAUUCAACAACAACACACACUGGAUGCGAAUCUGAAAGAGAUGAGAUACGAGAGAAAUGAACUUCAUAGGAUGCAAAAGGAACUUCAGGCUGAAAGACACCAAAUGGAAAAGGAAAUGAAUACCAAAACUGAUGAACUAAUCAGAGAAAGACAAGAAAUUGAAAUGAGCAAGAACAGGACAAACAAACUAACAGAGGACAUGGACAUCAUGAAAGCUAAACUUAUUGCACAAGAAGAAGAAAUGCAAGUUGAAAAAGAAAAACUAAAUGAAGAGAGAAAAGAAUUUGAGCAAUUAAAGAGUGAUACAGAAAGAGAGAAACAAGAACUCAGUAAGAAUAAAGACAUCAUGAAUACACUAAAAGAGGAACUUCACCUGGAAAAGAAGAGAAUGAAUGACGAGAGGGAAGAGAUGGAUGUGAACAGUAAGAAGGUUCAAUUACAGAUACAGACAGACAAACAGAUGAUUGCUAAAAUGAAGGCCCAACUCCAAAGUGAGAAAGAUGUAUUUGACCAUAUCAGAGAUGAACUGACAGGGAAGAGAGAAGAAAUGGAGAAAGAAUGGGCAGCAUUAGAAGCAGAAAAACAAACUCUUCAGCAAAACAGCAAUGAAAUCUUGAGACAAAGGGAAGACACAGAAAAGGAAAUAGAGGGCAUUUUGAAAAAGAAAGAAGAACUGGAAAAGCUUCAGACAGAAAACCUGAAACAAAAAACUGAAUGUGAAAACAUUAUUACAACAGAGAAAUAUUUGCUUGAAAUGUUAAGAACUGAGUUAGAUCAUAAGCAGCAGAAGGUGGAAGAUGACAGGAAGGUGAUUGAACAGGAAAGAAAAGACUUGGAGAAGACAAAGUUUGAAAUAAUGACACAAAAAGUGCAAAUGGAGAAAGAUCUUGAGAAGGAAAUCAAAUCAGAGAGAGCGUUAAAGGUCCAGAGAAUGCAAGAGACUGAUUUAGAAAAGGAUGAAAUUGAAAAGGAGAAAUAUAUAGUUCAGAAACUAAUGGAUGAGGUAGAGGAACAGAGAAAUUAUCUAAAACUUCAAGAAGAGGAAACCAAACUUGAAAGGCAAAAGAUCAGUGAUGAAAAAGAUUUUCUCACUCAAACUAAGACUGAACUGCAAAGAAAAAGCGAACAAAUUGGAAAUACAGAAGAGGAAUUAAAGAAGGAGAGAGAAACACUAAAGGAAAUGGAAGCUCAUCUACAAAAAGACAAAGAAGAAAUUAAGAGUGUCAUUGAAGAAACAAACAGACGAAAAGAAGAUCUGGAAAAAAUGAACACAGACAUAAAUAAACAAAAACAAGAGCUGAAGAACUGCAGAGACCUUCUAGAAGAAGAAAGAGAAGAAUUAAACCAAAAAUGGACACAGUUACAACUGAGAAUUGAUGAAUUUGAUGCUCAAGUCAGUAAACAGAAGGAAGAUUAUAUGAAGGAACAGAAAAAGAUGGAAGAAGAAAGAAAAAGUCUAGAAGAAACCAAAGCUAAGAUCCUGGAGCUGAAGACUAAACAGGAACAGAUUACGAAAGAAAAAGAGAAAGAAGAAGAAAUGAGAGUUAAAUCAAACAUGGAGAAGGAAAAUCUUGAUCACAUAAAGAGUGAACUGGAAAGAGAGAAAACUGAAAUAGAUCACGAGCAGAAGAAAAUGGAUGAUGACAGGAAGAUGAUUGAACAGGAAAGAAAAGAACUGCAUAAGAUGAGGUCUGACAUGAUGACAGAGAAAGAGCAAAUGGAAGACAUGAGAGAAGCAAUCAAACUUGAGAGAUCGGCACUUGACCAGAAAAUGCAAAAGAUUGAUCUAGAAAAGGAUGAAAUUGAAAGGAACGAAGCAAUAGUUCAGAAAUCAAUGGAUAAAAUAGUAGAGCAGAUAAAUUAUAUUAAACUCCAGAAAGAAGAACUUGACCUUGAAAGACAAAAGAUCACUGAUGAAAACUAUCUUCUAGCUCAAAGUAAGACAGAGCUGCAAAAAGAAAGUGAACAAAUCAAAUACAUGCAGGAGGAAAUAAAGAAGGAGAGAGAAACACUGAAGGAAAUGGAAGCUCAUCUACAAAAGGAAAAGGAAGACAUUGAGAGUGUCACUGAAGAAACAAAGAGACAGAAAGAGGAUCUGGAAAAGAUGAGCACAAACAUAAAUGAACAAGAACAAGAGUUGAGUAAAUACAGAGAGCGUCUAGAGCAAGAGAAAGAUGAAAUAAACACUAAAUGGAUACCGUUACAGCAGAGAAUUGAUGAAUUUGAUACUCAAGUCAGACAACAGAAGGAAAAUGAUUUAAUGAAAGAGGAGGAGAUGGAAGAAGAAAGAAAAUGUCUAGAACAGACCAAAGUCAAGAUCCUGGAGCUGCAGACUAAAGCUGAGCAGGAGCGUCAAGACAUAAGCCUAAAAAUACAAGAGUUAAACACACUGCGAGAACAUAUUAUGAAAGAAAAAGAGAAAGAUGAAGACAUGAGAGUAAAAGCAAAGAUAGAGAGAGAAGAACUUGAUCAGAUAAUAAGGGAUUUGGAAGGAGAGAAAACUGAAAUGGACAAUGAUAAGAAGAUGAUUGAACUGCAAAGAAAAGACCUGCAAAAGAUAAGGUCUGACAUAAUGACAGAAAGAAAGCAAAUGGAAGACAUGAGAGAAGCAAUCAAACUAGAGAGAUCAGCACUUGUCCAGAAAAUACAAGACAUUGAUCUAGAAAAGGAUGAAAUUGGAAAGAACAAAGAAAUAGUUCAGAAAUUAAUGGAUGAAGUAGAAGAGCAGAGAAAUUAUACUAAACUCCAGAGAGAAGAACUUGACCUUGAAAGACAAAAGAUCAAUGAUGAAAAUUUUAUUCUAGCUCAAAGUAAGACAGAGCUGCAAAAAGAAAGCAAACAAAUCAAAUACAUGGAGGAGGAACUAAAGAAAGAGAGAGAAACACUGAAGGAAAUAGAAGCUCAUCUACAAAAGGAAAAGGAAGAAAUUGAGAGUGUCACUGAAGAAACAAAGAGGCAGAAAAAGGAUCUGGAAAUGAAUACAGACAUAACUGAACAAAAACAAGAGCUGAAGAAUUGCAGAGACCUUCUAGAACAAGAAAGAGAAGAAUUAAACCAUAAAUGGACACAGUUACAACUGAAAAUUGAUGAAUUUGAUGCUCAAGUCAGUAAAGAGAAGGAAGAAUAUCUAACAGAACAAAAGGAAAUAGAAGAAGAAAGAAAAGGUCUAGAAGAGACCAAAGUCAAGCUUCUGGAGCUGAAAACUAAAGCUGAGCAGGAACAUCAAGACAUAAGCCUAAAAAUGCAAGAGUUGAACACACUGCAAGAACAUAUUAAGAAAGAACAAGAGAAAGAAGAAGAAAUGAGAGUAAAGGAAAAGAUGGAGAGAGAAGAACUUGAUCAGAUGAAGAGUGAACUGGAAAGAGAGAAAACUAAAAUAGAUCAUGAGCAGAAGAAAAUGAAUGAUGCCAGAAAGAUCAUUGAACAGGAAAGAAAUGACCUGGAGAAGAUGAGGUCUGAAAUAAUGUUACAAAGAAAGCAAAUAGAAGAAGAGAGAUCAGAGCUAGACAACAAAAUAAAAAAGACUGAUCUAGAAAAAUCUAAUAUUGAGAAAAGCAAAGAAAUUGUACAGAAAUUAUUGGAUGAGGAGGAAGAACAGAGAAAUUAUAUUAAACUUCAUGAAGAAGAAUUAGAACUUGAGAGACAAAAGAUCAAUGAUGAAAAAGAUUUUCUGGCUCAAAUAAAGACUGAACUGCAAAAAGAAAGUGAACGAAUAAGAUACAUGGAAGAGGAAAUUAAAAAGGAGAGAGAAACACUGAAAGAAAAGGAAGUGCAUCUACAAAAGGAAAAGGAAGAAAUUGAGAGUGUCACUGAAGAAACAAACAGACGAAAAGAAGAUCUGGGAAGGAUGAACACAGACAUUAAUAAACAAAAACAAGAGCUGAAGAACUGCAGAGACCUUCUAGAAAAACAAAGAGAAGAAAUAAAUCAUAAAUGGACAGAAUUACAACAGAGAAUUGAUGAAUAUGAGCGGUCAAAGACUGAGUCUAUGAGGAAUGUUCUGGAGGAGACCAGAAAGAAAGACGAAAAAACAGAAAUGGAAGAAAAACUUAAACAGGCUAACAAGGAAUAUGAAAGUGUCAUAGAAGAAACAAACAGGAGAAGGGGUGAACUAGAGAAAAUCAUGUUUGAUAUAUCACAACAAAAUCAAAAGUUUGAGACAAACAAAGAUCUUCUGGAAAAAGAUAGAAAUAACAUUGAAAAGGAAAGAGAAGAUUUGCAAAGACAAGCUGAUGACCUGGAGACGCACAUGACAGAACAAAAAGAAAAAGAAGAGAUGAGUAAAAGAUCAAUGGAUGAAGAGAAGAAGCUUCUUCAGCACAAGGCUGGUGAAAUCCUGAGACAGAGAAAUGAAUUAGAGAAAGAAAAAGACGACACGACGAAGAAGUGGAAUGAGCUGGAUGUUCUCCAGAAGACAUUACAAAAACAAAGAGACGAAAUUGAAGAAAUCAAAAAUGACUUACAGACUGAAAAGGCUGAAAUUAAUCAACAGCAGCAAAGACUGGAGAAGAGUAUAAGAGCUGUGAAUGAGGAGAGGAGAGAUCUGGAGAACAUGAGGAAUGAUUUUGAAAAAUACAGACAACAAAUGGAAGAAGAGAUGAGAGUAAAAACAAAGAUGGAGAGAGAGGAACUUGAUCAACUGAUGGCCAAGAUAUUGAUAGAACAAAAAGAAACUGAUAGGAGCAAGGAUAUGAUAGACCAUCUAAAGAAGGAAAUGGAGCAAACAAAAGCCAAACUCAAUGCUCAAGAGGAGCAAAUCAAACUGGAAUUGCAAAUAGUGCAAUAUGAGAGGCAAGAUCUGGAACAGUCCAAGGCUGAAAUCAAGAGACAGACUGAUGAAACUGAGAUCAUGAAAGAGCAGGCACACCAGUUAGAAAAAGAGAAAGAUUUGUCUGAAACAUUAAAAGAAGAAUGUCAAUCUGGACAGCUUCUUCAACAGAAGAGAGAAGAAAUGGCCUCUCAAGGAAAACAGAUACCGAUAGAUGAAGUCAACAGACUCUUGUCUGAGAUUCAAAGGGAAAGGGAAGCACUUGAAAGAAACAAAAAAAUCCUUGAACAUCAGAGAGAGGCACUGGACGAGAUGAAGAGAAAACAACCAACACAGAGGCUGCAAUUAAUUUUGGUUAGUUCUGCUACACAAACAUCUAAACUAGAAGACAUACAUGUGGGUGACAUUUCAGCCCCUCAGGAACAGAUUGUUGAGGAACACACAGGCAUUCAUAAGGAAUAUACAACUUUCAUAACAAAAGAGACGGAAGAUGAAUUAGAGAGAAUGAGAGAUCAGGAGGACACAGAGCUCAAAAUGAGAAGUGAAGAAACUGAAAUGGACUCAAGCCAAGAAGACAAUGCACUGACAACAGAAUAUAAAGAUAUACCUGAUCCAUCCAUGGCAGUAAAGUUGGAGUUCAAUAAAGAUGAAGCCGAUGGCCUUACUGAAACGUUGAUGACUGAGAAGAGGGAACUAGAAAAGACAAGACUUGUUUUACAGAGAGACCAGAAAGAGACUGAGACAAUGGGACAACACACUGACAGAGAGAAGAAGAAUCUGGAGAAAUAUAAAGCCGCUCUUGAAAAACAAUAUGAAGAGAUGGAGUUAUGCAGACAGAAUAUGGAAAAUGAAAGAUCUGAGUUAGAAAUGACUCAAGAUAAAAUUAAGAUGGACAUGGAAAAAAUUAUAAUGGAGAUUAAGAGCAAGCAGGAGAAAAUAGAAAACAUGGAAGUUCAACUUCAAGAAAAGAAGAGAGAAAUGGAAACCAUCUCUGUUGAGAUGAACCAGAGACAAGAGGAGUUGGACUUCAUAAAUACAGAGAUAAAAAGAAAGAGACAAGAGAUGGUGGACACCAAAGAAAUGGAGGAACAUGAGUUAACUGACAUACUUCCAGAGAGAGAGGAGUCUAUAAAAAGACACCUGGAGGAAAUACAGAAUCAAAAGGAGGCAUUACGAAAGGAGAGGGGUGAAGUUGAAAAAAUACUCACUGGGCUGCAGAAGGAGCAAAUGGAAAUGGAGAUGCGUCAGGCAAUGCUGAACUCAGAAAGAAAUGAACUGAAUAGAAUGAGAGUCGAUCUGGAGACACAAAAAGAGGAGUUUAGGCUUAUGCAACAAAACAUAGAGACAGAAAGAGACAAGCUGGAAUCAAGGUUAAGGAGAGCAGAGGACAUAGAGAGACUUUUGGAUGAUGUACUGAAAGAAAAGGAAAGGGUAGAAGAAAUGGCAGCUCAACUUGUCAAAGAACAGGAAGAGUUUAAAAUGAUUAUGACUGAGGCAAAUAAAUGGAUAAACAAGAUUAAACAGAUUGAGGAGGAAAUUAAAACAAAGCAAGAAGAAAUGGAGCACAUUGAAGAACUGAGACAAAAAGAGCUUCAUCAAAGGAGAGCAGAAUCUGAAAAAAUGAAGACUGAAAUUGACAAUGAAAAAGAAGAAAUUCAGAAGAUACGAAAGGAAUGUGAGAGAGAAAAACAUGAACUGGAGCAAAUAAAAACAGAUUUGCAGAAAGAAGAACCACAGAAAACCAAUGCAGAAGUGCAAUAUGAUGAAACACACAGUGUUAUGCACACGUUGAAAGAAGAGAAAGAAGAAAUAGAAAGGAUGAAAGCUGACCUCCAGAAUGAGCAGAGAGAAAUUAAAAACCUGAUGGACAUUAUAAAAAGAGAGAAGGGCGAGCUGGAAAAGAAGAAAGUUGAAAUGCAGCAAAUUGCUGCAGAAAUAAGGGACACAGACAGUGAUAAGAACUUACAAGAUGAAAUUAUGCAGAUUGAAGCAAUCCUCAAUGAAACCAAGAGACAGAAGAAUGACCUGGAACAGAUGAAUGACAAUUUGAACAGGGAAAAAUCAGAGCUGAAAAGCACUUGUCAGUUUCUAGAAAAAGGAAAGAGAGAAGCAGAAACUAGAUUACAGGAUAUGGUGAGUGAACUGAAUAUUAAGCUUAAGGAAUUAGAAAAUCUACAGAAGUUCAAAACAGAGGAGAGAGAGGCAGAGAAGAAAAAUCUGGAGAAAUUUAAGGAUGAGAUGGCUAAAGAACGUGAACAAAUUAAAAAGGAAAAUGAAGAUUUAAUAAUGAGAAGAGAUGAGCUGCUGCACAUGAAAGACGAAAUUCAAAAGCAGACAAAAGACCUAGAAGAAAUAAUGAACAAAGUGACAAUGGAGAAGAGUGAGCUAGAACAAGAGAGGUGUGAAAUAAACAAACAAAAACAACAACUGGAAGACAUUGGGAAAGCUGCAGAAAUAAAGUGGGUUGAGACACAGGUAGCCACUGAAAGGUCCAGACAAGAUGACGAGGACAUGCAAAUCUUAAUAACUGAGAGAAAAAGAAUAGCACAUCUGAAUGAUCAAUUACUGAAAGAGAAAGAGGACGUUGAAACCACCAAAGAGAGAAUUAAUAGAGAGAUGGAACAUAUUGAAAAGAUGCAAAGCCAAUUAAAUGACCAAAAAGAAGAGAUCAAGCUUGAAAAACAAAUAUUAGAAGACAUAAGGACUGAGAUUCAAGACAAGACAAAUGCUCUAGAGAAAAGUAUGCAGGACUUACAAAAAGAGAGGGAAAAUCUAAAUGCUUUAGUUAUUCAACAACAAAAAGAAAGAGAAGAUAUGGAUAAUCUAGCAGAAGAAAGCAAAAGAAAAGAGAAGCAUGCUGAAGUUGAGAUACAAAGACAGUUAGAGGACAUAGAAAAUGACAAGGUAAGGUUGGCAAAAGAAAGGAAUCAAAUUGAACAGACGAAUGCAGAAAUACAGACUAAACAUAAAGAGCUAGAGAAAAUAAUCAGACAACAGCAAGAGGAGAUUGAAAUCAUGCAAAGAGAAAGAAAGGCUUUGGAGAAAAUGAAUGGUGAGCUAGAAAGGAAAACCACUGAAAUGGAAAAUAAGAGAGAGAAAGUAACUCUCUGGGAAGCAGAUAUACAGAAACAGAAAACCAAAGUAGAAGAGCUAAGGAACAUUUUAGAAAGAGAGAAAAGUGAACUUGACAGAGAGAAAGCCGAAGUAAAACAAGAAAAACAAGAGAUGGAAAACAUUCUGAAAACCAUCAAGAGUGAGUUGGAAGACCUAGAGCAACUUAGAAAUAAAUCUGAGGAAGAGAAGAAAGACAUGCUGGACAGACUGUUAACAGAAAAACAUGAAAUGGAUCAAUUAAAAACUGAGUUACAGUUGGAGAAGAAGAGCAUUGAAGAGGAAAAGAAAAUGCUGAAGCAGUUGAUGAACGAAACUGAAAAUAAAAGAUCUCAACUGGACAGCAACAUUGUGCAAAUGAACAUGGACAAACGAAAUAUUCAAAAAGAAAAAGACUCGCUGGAGGAGAUCAAGGCAGAUUUACAAAGAAAGUCUGAAAAGCUUAAUGAGGAAAUCAGGAAAACAGACCAAAUCACCUCUCAAAUCAGUAAAGACCAAAAGAACAUUCCAAAGAGACUGGAAGACAUGAGAAGAAAAGAAGAAGAGCUCAGUACUAUGCGUGCCAACAUCGAAAGGCAGACAAAGUUUCUGCAAUCAGAUCUACUGCUACUUCAGACACAAAAGGAGAACUUAGAAAAGAGCAAAGCAGAGAAUGAGACUCUAAGAGAAGAUCUUGAAAAGCAAAAAGAAAAGAAUGACUUGACAAUGCAAGAACUGCACAAAGAGAGGCUGGCCUUGGAGCAGAAGAUUACUGAUAUAACACAGCUAAGAGACACAGUGGAAAGCACACAGAAUGAAAUACGACUUAAAGAACAGGAUCUGGAAAACAAAGAAAGAGAACUUGACAUGCAAAGAAAAGAUGUAGAUAACCUAAGAAACAUUGUGAUGGCUGAGAAAAUGCAGCUGGAAAAGAGGCACAAUGUUAUGAAUCAACAGCAGCAGGAGGUUGAUGACUUGAUGAAUGAAAACAGAAAAAUGAGAAAUGAUUUGGAGAGCAUGAAAACUCAUCUGGAACAAGAGAGACGACAACUACAAGAAAACAUCAAAACAUUUGAAGAUCAGAAGAACGUUUUUGAUCAAAUCAAAGUUGAUGCAGACCAACAGACUGAUGAGCUUGAGAAAAUCACAGCAGAUACAAAGAGGGGAAAGGAACCUCUUGGUAAUGAAAGAGAGGAGACUGAUGCUUUGAAGAAAGAAAUCCAGAGUAAGAAAGAUGAACUGCAUUCAUAUUCAAGCUUAAAUUUUGAGAUUGAAAAUUCCAAGCAAGAAAUGGCAGAAAACAGAGAUCAGUUUGAAAAAGAGAUGGAAAAUUUAAAGCAGAAAAGAGCAGAUUUACUGACAGAAAUUGAUCAGCGAGCCGAGACCAAAAUAAAGAAGAAAGAUGUAAAAACAGCAGUGGAGAGUGAAACACAGAUCCAAGCUGCUUUACAAAUGGUCAGGGAGGACACUGAAGAAGAAAAGACAGAUGAUGAAUUGCAGGCUGAUCUCCAAAAACAGAUGGAUGAACUACAAGAACUGAGGAACACAAUUGAGGUGGAAAAUAAUCAGAUAGAAAAAAAAAAGCUCACAUUAGAUCAACAGCAGCAGGAAUUAGAAGACAUCAUGACGGUCAUCAAACGAGAGAGAGAUGUGCUUGAGAAAGAGAAGUCUGAACUUGAUGAACACAGACAUAUCCUCAAUAAAAAUAUGCAGACAAAACAAGAAGAGCUUGAAAAGCUUAAUAAUGAUAUUCAAAGGGACAAAAAGGAGAUUGAAAACAGCAAAAAGAUAACUGAGAGUGAAAAAUAUUGUAUCGAAAAGGAGAGAGCUGAUUUAAACAGACUGAAGAAAGAGGCUGAAGUCAGCAAACAAAGCGUACAACAUGAGAGAACUUUGCUGCAACAAGAUAAAGACAUGCUACAGACAGAAAAAGAGGACAUGGAAGGCGUUAUAGAUGAAAAGACAAGAACAAUGGAGGAACUGCAAGAGCAAAUAAACAGACAAUUAUCUGAAUUAGAGAUGGUAAACAUGGAGAUUCAAAUAAAGAGACAGGAAGCAGAAAUGCAUCGCUUACCAGAAGAGAUGGAAACAAAAGAUCAUUCAAAGAGGGAUGCUGAUGUCCUAAGAGAGGAAGUAGAAGUACAGAAACAAAAAACAGAUGAACUUGAGAUAUAUCAAAUGAAGACCACCUCAGUCGAUGCUGAAACACAAACAUCUUUGGAUGACUUUAAGAAAACAGAUGAUAGCAGACAAAAGGAAUUAGAAGACGAAACAACGGCAACAAAGAAAAAACAACCCACUGUGACAAAGUCAAAAGACAAGCACGCAUCUGAAGUGCGAGAAAUAACGGACUCUUUAAACAAAGAAAUUGAAGAUUUGGAGAGAAUGAAGACAAUGAUGAAAAAAGAGAGACAUGAACUGGAACAAGCAAAAGCUGACAUCCAAAGGCAGAGGGAAGACUUUGAGAGAAAUAUGAAGGAAGUCAUGAAGGAGAAGUCAAGAAAUGAAGAAAAACUGCUACGACUUACACAAGACAAGGAGGAUUUAUCAAACAACCUUGAUAAGAAAAAUAAGGAAAUAGAGAGCAUCACAGAAACAUUAAUGAGAAAGUUGGGACAACUGGAAAAGACCAUAGCAUCACUGAAAGAAAAGAAGGAAAACAUUGAAAAUGAGUUGCUUCAUGAACAGGAGACACUAAAAAUCAAGGGAAAAACAGAUGAUACUUCCAUUAGAAGUGACAGGGAUGCUGAGAAAGUCACAUACAAAAAAGGACUGGAACAAGUACAAGACACUAAAGAGGAGAAAAAGACAGACGGAGACAGCAGUCUGGAACUGACUGAGAUUUAUUGGGCCAAAACAGAUGGAGAAACAGAUGCAAAAACCUCCAAAACUGAUGCCCAAAGAGAAGGUCUUCAGCUAAUGGAUGGCGCGACCCUAGAACGAGAUGAGCUAAACAUCAUGAGAGCUGAACUACAGAGGCAACAUGACGAAAUGGAGAACAAAAUGAAGAUCAUACAAACUGGCCUUCUUGAGAUGGAGAAGGCAAAGGAUCACCUGCAUAAAUUGAGGGAUGAAUGUAAAACCGCUGAAGAAGAAAAGUCAGUGACCAUGGAGAGUCUCGAGAGGAGGAGGAACAGCCUGGAAAAGGUUCAAGCUGAGCUACUGAGACAUACUGAGGAGAUUGAGCAUCUCACACGAAGCUAUGAAUGCAAAAUAAGAGAACUGCAACAAAUUGAGACUGACAUACAAAGACAGGCAAGGACUGUGAAGACUCAACAGGAAACUAAUAUUCAGAGUGAACAAGAAGACCAAGAAGUAAUAGCGACUACAAAAUCCAUUCAAGAACAUACAGAGGAUGUUAAGCAGAAGAGAACUCAAGAGACACAAACUGAAGACCAGGAAAGAGAUGCUCUACCACAGUAUGAAGAGAUAGAUGCAAUGAAAAGGAGAAUACAGGACAUGAAAGAUGAACUUAAGAACAGAUUACAAGACAUACAGAGGAAGGAACUGGAAAGACUCGGAAUGCAAAGAGAAAAAAUCGAGUUGGAGCUACGGAAAGCUGAAAUGGAAAGAUAUAAUGAAGCCCUCCAGCAUGAGAGAGAAACUGACAGACUCAAGCUCAUAGAAAAGGAAAAGGAAAUACUUCUGUUAAGGGAGUGUAUGCUGAUUGAGAUCAAUCGACUGAAGAGCGAAGAAACAGAAACAAGUAGUCAGCACUUGGAGAUUAUGGAGCGCCUCAUUAGUGAUGCAGCAGUAAGAGUGGACAGAUUCAGACGGGUUACGGACAGAGCCGUGCAAACGCUGAUACUGGAAGGAGAUGGAGAGCAGUUUGGAGGAGCUCAAAGAGUGACGACUGAACAGAUGGAAAGUGUCAGUGGAAGGAUGGAGAUUUCUAUGCAUGUCCUGAGUGAAGACAGGGAGGAAGGAGCAAGAGGAGAAUCCCAGAGAGGGGGCGUAGUCGGACCAACUUCACGGAGAUUGCGGCUAUUGCACUGGAUCAGACGGUGCUGCUGUCGCUGCUGUCCCAGAAACGCUGUGGAGGACACUGAGGACAUUUUAUAAACACAGGUCUUGUUCAUUUAGAAGUACAUUUUCAUAUGGAAUUUGACAGAAACUGAGAAGCAUGUCCUAAACAAAUACAAUCCAUGCAUUAUCAGUAUUUUUAUGUAUAUAUUUAUACGUAACAUUCUGUGGGAGAAAAACCCCCACAACAUUUUAGUAAUGUCUACAAAAAAAACAAAAAAAAGAAAUACUGGAUAACAUAACUAUUUAGUAAUAUAAUUACAGAUUAUUUGCAUAGUACCAAAUGUUUAAUGUUUAUCAGUUUAUAUAAUCCAAUAAAUCAGUUUUGCUUUUUCAAAACACAACAGAUGCUUGCAUAAGCCAGAAUGAAUCUUUCAUUAUUACAUACAGUACAUCUAUGCAAUUAACUCCUUAAAUAACUCAUUAGCAUAAUGUGUGUGGUACGUGUGUGUAUGCAUCUUCUGUUUUCACUAAUGUGUCAGUAAAACACUCUGGGUCAAAUGAUCCUGAAAUUAUCGGUUUUGAUUUCUCAUGACAACUUGAUAUAAUUAUCUUGUGUUUUGUGUUUGGGUUCUUACACUUAAUCCUAAAUCUUUCCAGAAGGAACUGAAGUGUUGUGCACUGUUAAUUGGCAACUUUGGAAAUUUCUGCACAGUUAUCUGUGAAAAACAAAGCUCACCUGUAAUGUUCAUGGUAAUAUCUGCUCAUCCCUUUGGGGAAGAGAAAAGUGCAGAUGAAUGUGAGAGGAUGGAUAUCCUAAUCUUACGACUGCACCAGCAUGAGUGCUCGAGGUCGUGUUUGUUGCAUUCACAUUCUUGCAGCUCGGCAUGAUGGGAGUGUUGCAGAUGUGCCCUAUAUAACACGGAUGCACAGAAGCUGCUGUGAGCGAUGGAUUUCACAAGGAUCCACAGUAUGCCAAAGAGUGAACUACACUGGUAGGAUAAUUACAGAGGCCAUUUAAUUACCAACUGAACAAAAGGAGAGCUUUGUGAAUUUUAACCCAGUUUAAAAAUGAUGCAAUGGAUUUUUAGAUAACACCAACAGGUCCAUUAAGAGGAUCAAACACCCAUGAGUUCCAAAACAAUUCUAUUCUAAUUUAAUAAGUAUACCCCAGACUCAUGUAUGCACACACACAUACACAAAACAUAUUGUUUUCAAAGUAUUGCUUGAAUUUGUCUCGCACACAAACAAAAUAUUAUUUGUCUUGCUUUGGAAUGAAAUAAACGUAAAUUUGAACCUAAAACUUUUGUAAUGUGU